AUGAGAAGAAGAGGCAGAGGACACUCCAGAGGAAAAGAGAGCAGCCCAGAGGAUAGAUACAGGGAAUUGAAGACUAGAGGCAUAAGCAUGGAAAACAAAGAUUCAGAAAUGCAGAUGCUCAGAUCCCUGAUGACUCAAACCCCCGUCUACCUUGGCAAGGCCACAAUGUACGGAGGAUUAUCUUUUAGGAAUUUGCUCCUGGUGGUGCAAUUGGCACAACUCCCAGCUGUCACUCAAGGAAAGACAGUGGUAAUAGGUAAAGCUGGGGAUUCAGUGGAACUGCCCUGCAAAGCUUCACAGAGCAGAAGCAUGCCCUUCAGCUGGAAAUAUACUGACAACACAAAGAUUUUGGAAAGUCAGAGUACCUUCGUGGCUAAAGCCCAAUCUGAUCUUUCUGAUCGUGUUGAUUCAAGAAAAUCUAUGUGGGAUAAAGGAUCCUUUCCUCUGAUCAUCAAUAAACUUGAGAUGAAAGACUCAAAGACUUACAUCUGUGAGGUUGCAAAUAAGAAGACAGAAGUGGAAUUGCAGGUGUUCAAAGUGACUGUCCAUCCUGAUACCCACCUGCUGCAGGGGCAAAGUCUGACCCUGACUUUGGAGGGCCCAGCUGGUGUUAAAUCCCCAAUGGAAUGCAAGGGUCCAGAGAACAGAAAUUUCAAGGUAACCAAGGACUUCUUAGUGCCCUCACUGGGGAUUCAGGACAGUGGCUCCUGGACCUGCACCCUCACAGUGGACCAGAAGAGUCUGGUGUUCAACAAUGCGAUCUUGGUGAUGGGUUUCCAAAAGACCUCUACCACAGACUAUAAGGAGGAGGGGAAGCCAGCAGAGUUCUCUGUCCCACUUAACAUUGGUGAUGAAAACCUGAGUGGAGAGAUUAAGUGGCAGGCAGAGAAGCCAUCUUCCCUCCAGUCCUUGACUACCUUCUCCGUGGAGAACAAGAAGGUGUCUGUGCAAAUGUCUCCCCAUGACCCCAAGUUCGAGCUGGCUGAAAUGCUUCCACUCCGCCUCAAGCUAUCCCAGGCCUUGUCUCGUUAUGCUGGUUCUGGAAACCUGACUCUGAUGCUUGCCAAAGGAACACUUCAUCAUAAAGUGAACCUGGUGGUGGUGACAGUAAAAUACUCUCAGGACACUUUGAUUUGUGAGGUAUUGGGACCCACCUCCCCCAAGAUGAAACUGGCUUUGAAGCUGAAGGACCAGGUCAAGAUCUCCAAGCAGAAGAAAGUGGUUCAAGUGCAGGCCCCUGAAGCGGGGACAUGGUAUUGUGAACUGAGUGAAGAAGACAAGGUCAGGGUGGACGCCAAAGUCGAGGUUUUACCCAGAGGGUUGAGCCAGGACCAGCCAAUGUUCCUGGCUGCUGUGCUGGGGGGCACCGUUGGCUUUCUAGUCUUCUCUGGGCUCUGCAUCCUCUGCUGUGUCAAGUGCCGGCACCAACGGCGCCAGGCAGAACGGAUGUCUCAGAUCAAGAGGCUACUCAGUGAGAAGAAGACCUGCCAGUGCCCCCACCGGCUACAGAAGACUCAAAAUCUUAUUUGAGCCCUAAGCCGAAUCUGCAGCCCACCAACUGUGUUUCCUGUCAGCUGAGGUCUGCUGACCAGAUGAAUGUAGCAGAGUCCAGUGCCUCUGGCCUCAUCCUGCUCUCCUCUCCCACAACUGGCCACUGUUUCUUGCCUUCUGUUCCCAAGCCCACCAGUAGAGCUUGCUCUAGACUUUUUAGAUGCUCCAACACACCAUUUAUUCUUCCCAGCUUCCUCUUCAUCAAAAUCUGAGCCCUUCUCUGAUUAUUCUCCUGUCUCUCACUUUAGUGAUCUGUUUAGAUCUCAAGGUAGUGCUUAGAACCAGCUCUGCCUGGC